AUGCAUCUAACAACGUUUACUCUACUCUCCUUGGCCAGAGAGCAGUUCAUGGUGUACUGUGGCGCUAUGCUGCACCGAGACGGAUUAGGGACAGAUACAUGGCCGGGACGGGAAACGAAUGUUGGCAUGGAUGCUGUCAUCCACGAACCAGCCCAGCUUCAUGAACCCUCAUACAGUCCUACUGAACCACUGAGGCGAGGGGCUAAUGCCAAAAGUUUGGCUAGAGAUUGCCAAGAACUGAAGCGUUAA